UCAAUAGACGAAGUCGGUAUUGAAGUUAAAAUGUUUUGGCGUGAAAAUAAGUGUUUAUUUAUUUUAGUCCUUAUAAAUAUAAUCGAAAUUCAUGUAACGUAUACAAAACAGUUUCGGACGGAUUAUAUUUACAAUCGGAACACUGAUGCCUUCUAUAAGUUCCAUAUCGAGAGUGUUAUGUUUUCACGAGCAGAAUCGAUUUGCAAGCUCGAAGGAGCCUCUGUGAUGGUACCAAAAUCUGACCAUGACGUGUCUCAAGUUCAUGGCAUGUUCAAAGCUUACCCAGAUCUGAGAAACUUUGUUUGGAUCAAAUAUGAUGGAAUGACUCACGACUCAGCUGAAGAACAACCUUUAAUUAAUUUGGAAGAUCUGAAUAGUAGACAUCUGAGUUUGAUGAGUUAUGAUAAAGGAUGCGAUGUUAUGACAAGGGCUGGUGAGAUCAAGACAUAUGAAUGCUAUUUAAGUCUACCAUUCGUCUGCAAAGUCGAGGCUCAGCAAGCGUUUUAUGAUACCCGAUGCUUGGUAUUUGGAAGGGAUUACCAAUACUUUGCAAAUGUUAGCAGCUGUUACAAAAUACCGCGGUUACCGUAUUCGUGGAACCAGGCGUAUGAUGAAUGUCGUGCCGAAGGAGCUCACCUGGCCAUCCUGAACUCGGACAUGGAGCACCAGAUUCUUCGUGACUUCGCCAAAUCCACGCCAAGAGUUUUUGGUGCUCGGGCAACGUUCUUUUUUUUCGUUGGCAUAAGAGCGGAGAAGAAAACAGAUGGUUCACCGAUUGUCUUUAAAACUAUUUUUAAUGAAACUUUGGAAGAGGCAGGCUACAGCCAGUGGUGUGACAACGAGCCCAACAAUGCUCUGAACAACGAAUACUGCGGAACAAUAUUCAUAGCUAAUGGAAAGUAUAACGACGUUAACUGUUCACACUAUUAUGCUUUUAUUUGUGAAAAUGAAGUCAAGGUUACCUGAAAGUUAUUCUAAUAAAUCCAAAAAUAAUAAAAUAACCAAGAAAUUA